AUGAAGCUUCUGUAUUUAAUAGCUCUCAUUUGCCUGUUUCCUGAAAGCGAAGAGAAUCCAUUAAGCAGUGACAAUGCUGGUCCCCGAAGAUCAUUCGAAGACAUUAAGAGGGAAAUAGCGGGCUAUUCAGAGGUUGCUAAGAAGAUUAUCGACCUUGCCGUCCAUGGCAAGGCUCAGAACAGAUCCUAUGAAAGGCUUGCAUUCUUUGUGGACGCUUUCGGGCCGAGAGUGAGUGGUUCCAGAAAUCUAGAACUAGCUAUCCAGUAUAUGCACAAAGUCUUGAAGGAAGAUGGCCUGGAAAAUGUCCACCUGGAGCCGGCAAAAAUCCCCCAUUGGGAAAGGGGGGAAGAGUCAGCAAUGAUGAUCAAACCACGGAACUACAGCAUUGCCCUUUUAGGGCUUGGCGGCAGCAUUGGAACUCCUCCAGAAGGCAUUACGGCUGAGGUCUUAGUGGUGACUUCCUUUGACGACCUGCACAAAAAAGCUCAGGAAGCCCAUGGAAAGAUCAUUGUUUACAACCAGCAGUUUGUCAGUUAUGGUGAAACAGUCCAGUACAGAGUUCAAGGAGCAGUGGAAGCAGCUAAAGUGGGAGCGAAGGCAUCUCUUAUCAAGUCUAUUACUCCGUUUUCCAUCCAUAGCCCACACACUGGGAUGCAAGAAUACCAACCUAAUGUACCCAAGAUUCCCACUGCCUGCAUUUCAGUGGAAGAUGCUGAAAUGAUGAGCCGGAUGUCUUCCCGAGGCACCAAGAUUGUUGUGACCCUGAAGAUGGGAGCCAAAACCUACCCCGAUGCUGAUUCCUUUAACACGGUUGCAGAGAUCGUUGGGAGCACAUACCCCGAGCAGGUUGUCCUGGUCAGUGGACAUCUGGACAGCUGGGAUGUAGGGCAAGGAGCCAUGGAUGACGGCGGUGGAGCAUUUAUAUCAUGGGAAGCAUUAUCGCUCAUUAAAGAUCUUGGGCUCCGUCCCAAGAGAACUCUGCGUCUACUGCUUUGGACUGGAGAAGAACAAGGUGGAAUAGGAGCUGAACAAUACUACAAGAUGCAUAAAGAGAACAUCUCCAACUUUGACAUGGUGAUGGAGUCUGAUGAGGGAACAUUCAUGCCCACUGGCCUGGCUUUCACAGGCAGUGAUAAAGCUCGUGACAUCAUGAAGGAGAUCAUGAAGUUGCUGAAGCCCAUCAAUGUUACUGAUGUCUUUGAAAACGGUGAAGGAACAGACAUUAAUUACUGGAUACAUGAUGGAAUACCAGCUGCCAGUUUGCGUGAUGAUCUCACUAGAUACUUUUGGUUUCAUCAUUCCCAAGGGGACACAUUGACAGUUCAGGAUCCUAUCCAGAUGAAUCUCUGUGCUGCUCUUUGGACUGUGGUAUCCUAUGUAAUUGCUGACAUGGAUGAGAAGAUACCAGUGUAAUUAAAAAAAGAAAAGGAGGGGAAAGAUUGAUCUUUUCCAGAGCAGACAAGGAAUGCACAUGGUCUAUUGCUGUGAUGAAAUCCUGUUUUUCCUUUAAAAGCUUGUGUCAAAGAUGGUCCUUUAAUUAUGCAGGCCUGCUUCGAUUUCCUGAUGACUGUUUCCUGCUACCUAUAUUAAAUUCUGUGAUUUUUCUAGAGCUGCUCUGCUGUGCCACUCACAGCAGCUUUCAGUAAAACAAGUGAACCCGUUACCUCCCAAGUACUUUAAAUAAAUGUGUUGCAUUGUA